AUGGGCUCUUUACCACACAACAUUAUCAUUGUCGGCGCGGGGAUCGCAGGUAUCGCUUGUGCUCUUGCCCUGUCGCGGGAGCUGGCUCCAUUCGUGCCCGACCUCACCAUCACGAUUUACGAGAGACAUGAUAUCCUGUCCACAUCCGGUGGUGCGAUCAACCUGACGCCCGUGGCUCAGCGUCAUCUGGCGCAGCUGGGCGUUUUGGAAGAACUUGACCGCAUGGGUCCUGAGGGUGGAGCGGAAGUGAAUGCCAUCGAGCUCUACUCUAUGCGUUCCGGUCGCUCAGUUGGGUCGAUUGAUUUUGUCGAUCAUGACGGCAACGGCUUUGGAGGCUAUAAAGGGCGCAGAGUCAUGCGCAUCAUGCUUUCCAUCGCGAUGAUAACCGUGGUGGAGAGGACACGCAAUGUUGAUAUUGUUUUUGGGAAAAAGGUCGUCGGGGGAGAAGAGCACGGAAGGAAAGCUGUGGUACAUUUCCAAGAUGGAUCAGAAGCGAUUGGAGAUCUGGUCAUCGGAUGUGAUGGCGUCCACUCCGCAGUUCGAACCCGUUGGGUGGAUCCCGACUGCCCGUCCCAAUACACAGGCAUCUCGUUCUUACAAACCACCAUCCCAUCACAAACAAUCUCCUCGCCUAUUCACUUCCGCUCAUCAGCGAUGAACUACUCACGCCAUGGAACCAUUCUGACAAGCUAUUGUGACCGGAAUCAGGAGCAAAUCUUCGCAGCUGCUAUUAUACAGUUCAGCCAGGAAGACUUGAGCUACCACAAGCUCGACUCGGGUCAAGAUUGGGCGACCCAACAUCGCAUUAGAAGUGCUCUGCGACGACAAAUGCAAGAUCGCUUCUCAAAGUCCUCGAUCCCCUGUAUCCGGGAGAUGGUGGCCAGCAAAGCAGACUGGAUGCUUUAUCCAGUUUAUCAAGUUCGGCCCGGAGGCCGAUGGUGCACGAAUCGCGUUAUCCUGCUAGGCGAUGCAGCUCACGCAAUGCCUCCACGAGAUGAGUCCGCCGCAUACGCGCUAGACGAUGCCAUUUUGUUCGCACGUUUACUGGCCCGCUAUCGAUCCGAGCCUUUGUCCGAGGUUUUUGAUGCUUAUGAGGGCCUCCGUCGUGACAAAAUCAAUCAUGCAUUCAAAGAAUCUGCGCGCAUGUGGGACCGGAAUCGGGACAUGGGUAUGCUGGAAAGUCGUCUCAAGGAAUGGAUGAUGCCGCUGUACCUCCGAAGUCACCGGGAUGAACGCGAGGCGGCGUGGGAGUUCGAUGCAACCAAAAUCAAUCUUCCUACACCUGCGCCGAGUGACGAUUUAGUCAGCUUGCAUUCAUUUCUGAAAGAGCACACGGUAUGA